AUGCUAACGAUAACACAGUGGAUCAGAAGGCUCCGGGAAUUUGUGACAUAUCUCCUGUUAAUAAUAGGUAAGUAACAGAAAAAGAGGUCUAUAAAAUGAUCACAAAAUUUCAAAGAUUCUUUAAAUUGCGUGGGCGAAGGCAUUAAUAAUUAACGUGCCAUAGAAUAUGACUAAAUCAACAAAAUCUGAUAUUACGAUUAUCGACAUUAGCAUUCAAUUGGAUAUUUGUUUACUUCCAGCAAGCCCAUCCAAAUACCCAACAUAUGAACCACCAGUCUAUGAAAUCUGCAAAGGUGAACACACAGAAUGCACCUCCGUCAUUUACAGAGCAGAAGAUGAAAGCAAGGGUUCAGACUGCCGUUUAGCCUGCGCAAGACAUCGAGGUCUGUACCUUCCUAACUCAUGCAUUCCUACUGUUCGUCAAUUCUGUCUGCUAAGUCUCGCUAAUUUGCAUGUCCCUACGCAAAAUCAGAAUUUGUGUAUCUAUUGGACGGUUGCCUUUCAUUCAGAAAACCUAACGGAGAAUUUGACCGCAUACUUUUGUGAGAAACCUGACAAGCCCUGCAUUCCGUACACCGUUUCCGGACGGAAAGAUUACAGCGAGAACUUCGAAAGACACGUGAUGUGUGUCAAGGUUUGUCACUUUGUCGGAAAGGGUAAGCUACCUCAUCGUACGUCAGGGAUUCUUGGUAUUUCUUCUAAUUAGCCGACAUAAUGCUUCAUAGGUUUGCAGGGGUCAGUAUAAAUUAUUUUACGUAUUUUCAUGCUGCUAAUUAUCUUAGCCAAGACAAAUUAUCUGUUCAAUUUUAGCUGAGCACAGCGCUGCAAAUUCCUUUUCACUGUGCUCAAACACUAUGGACUCAUGCGCUGAGAUAAAGAGAGUAAAUGGAAGCUUCGAUGCCUUCAGCCGAUGUGCUUUCAAAUGUGAUGGAUGGACAAAUCGUAGGUGCUCCAUGAUUUCAUUAUAUGACAGUUGAUAUUUUUCAGCUUUAUUGCUAUAUGCUUUGGUACUGAGGUUGCUACAUCAUGUAUUUUUGUUCAAGCGGAAAACAGUCGAGAAAACACAGCCUUCUUCACAAUUGAAAACGGCUCUUUGGAGGAAGGCAAAUACUUUCGAACCCGAAGGGCGGAAAUGCGUUUGCUGGCCUGA